AUGAUUGCAAAGGUAGCAAUUGUUGUGGUUGGUGGUUUUCUAGGAUGGAUUUAUACACGAAUCAAACCGCCACCUCCUAGGGUUUGUGGAUCACCUGGUGGACCUCCUAUUACUUCACCUCGAAUCCAACUUAAUGAUGGAAGACAUUUACCUUACAGAGAGUGGGGUGUCCCUAAAGAUAAAGCCAACUACAAGAUCAUUUUCAUAAGCUAUUGCUCUCCAACUGAAACGGAUCUAUCAUCUGACAAAAAAUUGGAGGUUGUUGUCUACAAUUCCCGAGGGUGGAAGAGAUAUGAUGUUAUAAGACUUCCAGUUGUGAGCAAGAAUAUUGUUGUCCAUGACUCCAAUGGAAAAGAAGUAGGCAUCAACUUCUCCCCAUAGUAAAUGAUGCUACUGCCCUUAGAAACUACUACACCACUGCAUAUACAGGCAAAUCACCAAGCUCAAUUUCCAAGUAUUAACUUGAAUUUACAGCAUCUGUUCCACCUCUGGGAUUUACCACAUACGUCGUUUCAAGCACAAAAAAGCUAGCAUGGAAUUCUGUAAAUGAAGCAUUUUACAAUCAUACUAAAACAGGAAAAGAUGGGAUAGAAGUAGGAACAGGAAAUUUGAAGUUAAUCUAUUCUGGAAGUGAAGGAAAGGUUUCUCAGUAUGUUAACAGUCGAAGCUCUAUCACUGCCUCUGUGAAGCAAUCAUACAGCUUUUAUGCUGGAUUUGAAGGAACUAUAGAAGUGCAGGUAACUUUAUUUUCCUU